AUGAAAUCCAACUUCUCCAUCCCUCAGAAUGGAUCAGAAGUGGUGUUUUAUGAUUCUACCACCCCCAGAGUUAUAUGGAUCUUCUUAGUUGUGGUACUUUCUAUAACCUUUGUCCUUGGUGUGCUAGGUAAUGGGCUUGUGAUUUAUGUGGCUGGGUUCCGGAUGUCAUGCACUGUAACGACAAUCUGUUAUUUGAACCUGGCUUUGGCUGACUUCUCUUAUAUGGCAAGUCUACCAUUUCAGAUCAUCUCAAUUAUCAUAAAUGGAGAAUGGCCUUUUGGUUGGUUCCUUUGCAAAUUUGUUCACAUGAUUAUAAACAUAAACCUUUUUCUAAGUAUCUUCCUGAUUACUUUCAUUGCCAUGGAUCGCUGUAUUUGUGUCCUGCACCCAGUAUGGGCUCAGAAUUAUCGAACUGUGAAUCUGGCAAGGAAAGUGAUUGUUGGAGCAUGGAUACUUGUCCUGUUGCUUAUAUUUCCACAUUUGAUCUUCUUGACAACAGUGAGAGAUGAAAGAGGGAAAGUGCACUGUAUAUGUAAUGUUGAGUCCUGGGCUGCAACCCCUGAGGAGCAGUUGAAGGUGUCCAUGACUGUAAGAAUAAUUUCAGUAACCAUCAGUUUCCUUAUUGGCUUCAGCAUACCCAUGAUCUUCAUUGUCAUUUGUUAUGGCCUCAUGGCUGCCAAGAUAGGCAGAAGAGGCUUUGUGAAUUCCAGUCGUCCCUUACGUGUCCUCACUGCUGUAGCAUUUUCCUUCUUUGUCUGUUGGUUCCCUUUUCAAUUGAUUUUUCUUUUAGGCAACAUUGGGUAUAAAGAGACAAUGAAUAGUAUUCACACAUGGGUGAACCCAGCAAGCACUCUGGCUUCCUUCAACAGCUGUCUCAACCCAAUACUCUAUGUUUUCCUAGGUCAGCAAUUCAGAAAGAAACUGAUCCACUCCCUGUCAGCUAGUCUGGAGAGGGCUCUGAGGGAAGAUUCAGUCCUGAACAGUAACUUGUCUUCACAUACUAAAGACUCUGGGCCAUAG